AAAACCGCAGGCUCGAACAGUACGCCCGGGGAAAAGUGCAUACAUUUUGAGAUGGCUGGUGAAAGAAAGCAGUUAUAAUCCAAUUAUGUCCAUACUGAACACUCCAGUUUUCGCCCGAGGUGUUUCCGCGUAUGGGCAUGCCAUAGCAGCAUGUAUGACAGUACGAUAUACACACAAACAAAGUCAAGGUUAUCUGAAAAAGGAAGAAGUUGAGCAGUUCAAGGAAGAUGGCGUCGUAUGUUUACGCGGUGUGUUCACAGAAUGGGUAAAGAUCAUUUCAAAGGGGAUCGACAAGAACGUGUGGAACCCCAGCAAAUUUAGCGAGAGACUGUACAACAACGACAAAAAUUCACCAUCAUACUUCAAUGAUUUUUAUAACUGGAAGACAAUAACGGAAUUUAAUGAGUUCGUUUGGAAGUCACCAGCCGCUAGAUUAGCGAAGACUCUCAUGGAUUCUAAGAGAGUGGCAUUUUACCAUGAGCAUGUGUUUACAAAAGAUCCAGGGAGUUACCGCCCAACACCAUGGCACCAUGACCAGGCAUACUACCCGCUCAAUGGACAACAGAACAUCUCUUUCUGGAUACCCAUAACCCCUGUCUACAAGCAAGCCUGCCUGCGUUAUGUAAAGGCCUCACACAAAUGGAACAAGUGGUUUAUUCCAAGAAAAUUUGAGACAAAUAAAAACUAUGAUGGCAAUCUUAAUGACAGCAGUGAAUACGAAGAUAUGGUGGAUAUUGAUGCUAACCCCGAAAAAUAUGAAUUACUAUCAUGGGAUUUGGAGCCUGGGGAUUGUAUCGCCUUCAACAUGAGAACAGUUCAUGGAGCAAGUGAAUCAGUAGAUGAUCAAGGACGUCGAGUGCUAGCCACUCGGUGGCUGGGGGAUGACAUGAUACUUGCGUCAAGACCCUGGGCUGUAUCCCCACCUAUCCUUCCAGGGAAUCCCAAGGGGUGUAAUGGCAUGUCUGUAUUUGACUUGCCAGAGGUUUUUCCUGUAAUUCUAUGAAAUUGAAUGGUGAAUCUGUGCAAUUAACCCAUUGAUCCCCCACCAGCCAAAAAAUCCACCUUUGUUUGCAAACAUCUGUUAGCACAGCAGUAAAUUGUUAUACCCUAGGGCACACUCCCAAUAUGAUAAAAGCUGUUAUUAUUUUAAUGAUUUAGCACAGCGACAAGGAAUAACAGACAUUUUCAAAGCACUGUUAGAAAGUUUUGAUACCGCUAACUAGACAGCAGUGUUUCACUUUGAUGGGUUGUGAAAAGUCAAAACAUAGGGGGGUAUUUAGUAAUGUGAGAUUUACUAUGCACUUAUUUCACUUACACUUUUUUCAUACACAUGAAACUUGGCAUAAUGAUUAAAACAAUAGAAAGCUCUUGAGUAUUUCGGUCUGCCAAUAAGUUAUUGAAGUUAUUAAAACUUGUUGAAAUAAUAAUAAUAUUAUUAUUAUUUUCGUGUUUUCUAUAACUCUAGGAUUUUUGUCAAGUACAAUUAUUUCUCUGUUUUUUUUUGAAUGACCUAAAAAACAGGGGUUGAUAUUAUACAUUAAGUGCGUAUUAAACAUAAAUAAAUGUGGUAAAUUAAACUUAAAAAAAACAGGGAUCAAUGGGGUACAGUAGAAACAGUAACACAGCCUUUAUCCUAUAAUUAAUAUAUACAAAGUAGAGAGUGCUACUGCAUGUGAUUAGAUCAUUGCGUUGACAGACAUCAUUUUUGAAAUGUUGUACGGUACAUUUAGCUGGUUCUGACAGAUUCUUUUUAUGACUCCUUUUUUUAUUUGGGUACAUCUUGAAACUCACACAAAAAAAGUUUGUUAAAAAGUUUUCUAUUCCUUUCAGGUGAUAGAUUUUUUUAUUUUAUUGUAGAUUUUUAUUUUGAAGAUUAUUUAGAUAUCCUUGUUAAUGCACAUUUUCAUGCACCCCAUGGUGUGCUCAUUUUACAUACCUUCUUGGAGCAUUCCUGGUAAUAUAGGUAAUAUUAGCAUAGGGUUCAUUUCUGGGUAAUUUUACAUACCUUCUUGGAGCAUUCCUGGUAAUAUAGGUAAUAUUAGCAUAGGGGUUCAUUUCUGGGUAAUUUUACAUACCUUCUUGGAGCAUUCCUGGUAAUAUAGGUAAUAUUAGCAUAGGGGUUCAUUUCUGGGUAAUUUUACAUACCUUCUUGGAGCAUUCCUGGUAAUAUAGGUAAUAUUAGCAUAGGGGUUCAUUUUUGGGUAAUUUUACAUACCUUCUUGGAGCAUUCCUGGUAAUAUAGGUAAUAUUAGCCUGCAUAACUGAGACAGCUCUGUAAUUGAUGUCAGUUCCCAUAUAAUAGGGUUGAGUAAAUAGUGCAUAUAUGUACAAGUGCAAAGCAGUAUGUAGUAAGUAGUAUGUUUUUUCCCUCCCUACCACCUGGUGGCAGAGAGAAGCUUUAUUUUGUCUAAUUUAAGUUAUUCCUGUGAUAUUUUUGUUCAGGCAAAUAAACUUCUCUCUUAGCCAAA